CCUUUGACUUUCCUGGCACCAGGCUACACCAUCGCCAGCCCUGGACUCUGGACUCCACCCCUUUGGCUGUCCAGGCAAUAGUCAAUGCCAUUGUCAGCCCUGGGCUCCGCCCCCUUGCCUGUCUUGGCAACAGGCUAUGCCAUCAGUAGCCCUGGACUCUGGACUCCGCCCCCCUGACAACAGGCUACAACAUUCCCAACAUUGGGCUCCACCCCCUUGCCUGUCUAGGUAACAGGGCUACGCCAUUGCCAACCCUGGACUCUGGACUCCACCCCCUAGGCUGUCCUGGCAGCAGUCAACGCCUGUCUUGGUAACAGGCUACGCCAUUGCCAGCCCUGGGCUGGGCUCUAGACUCCACCCCUUUGGCUGUCCGAGCAACAGUCAAUGCCAUUAGUGGCUCUGGACUCCGCCCCAUAGACUUUCCUGGCAACAGGCUACAACAUUCCCAACAUUGGGCUCCGCCCCCUUACCUGUCUUGGUAACAGUCCACGCCAUUACUGGCUCUGGACUCCGCCCCCUUGACUGUCCUGGUAACAGGCUAUACCAUUCCCAACCCUGGGCUCCGCCCCCUUGACUGUCCUGGUAACAGGCUAUACCAUUCCCAACCCUGGGCUCCGCCCCCUUGCCUGUUUUUGUUAACAGUCUUGGCAACAGGCUAAGCCAUUACUGGCUCUGGACUCCACCCCUUUGGCUGUCUGGGCAACAAUCAAUGCCAUUAUCGGCUCUGGACUCCACCCCCUUGACUUUCCUGGCACCAGGCUACACCAUCGCCAGCCCUGGACUCUGGACUCUACCCCAUUGGCUGUCCUGGCAAUAGUCAUUGCCAUUGUCAGCCCUGGGCUCCGCCCCCUUGCCUGUCUUGGUUAUGCGGAAUUAUGGAGGUGGUCCAAAUAGGAGGAAUAACAAAUACUUAUAAGGUAACUAUUACCUUGUAUAGUGUGGGACUUAAGUGAUAUCUAUCUAUUUACCUAUCUAUUCAGUAAAGAGCUAACCUAUAAUUUACUACUAAUACUUGUACUUGACGAUCUUCUGUUUCCUCGCAUCACUAAAUAUUGUUUUUAUCAUAGGUUAAGAUAUAACUUUCUGAUCCCUGAGUGAAAAAUGAGUAAAUAACUCGAUAAUUACAAUUCAGUAAGAUACUAUUCGUAGAUUUGAAAUGGGUCAGUCUGCACAUUUACUCUUUAGUGCUUUAAGUAUAUUUUAAUGCUUAUAGUUUUAGAUUUUUACUGGUGUAAAGUUUUGGAUGCAGGACUUUUAAACGCCUCCUCGUCACCUCCCAUCAUCCUGACCCUACGUGUCGUGAUGAGUCAGUCUGAGCAGGGAGGAUCUCUAAUGCUAACCUCUCCCAUUGGUCGCUGCUGCCAGUGUAAACAUGUAGCCGCUCCAGCUGUCACACCGUAUUGCUAUUAAGCGCUGCUUCCUAAUCGUUAAUCAGUUCGUCAGUCCGAAUAACGAUGGCCGUGUUUCUGAAAAUACUGGGUUCGGAACCAGGGCGAUGUAGCGUCAGCUUGGUGACUAGCUAACACCGAGCAGCUAACGGUCGGGUCGUGUUUGUAUGAGGCUGGCCUUGCUAAUUACACGGCUAGCUUCCUGUUGGCAGUCACGCAGGGGUAUAUCGAGGUUGGCCGGACAAAAGGAUGGCAGGUAAUGUUUUCUAGCAAGGACACAUCAAGAAGUGGAGGACAAAAAUGAGGAAAUCAAGGAGUGCUAGUGCCUCACCUUCACCGGUUAAUGGGAAACACGGUAACGACUGGGACAGCAGACGGAAGAGGAAGAUUGCGGACAUCACACAGGCCCUGACCGUGAGUCCGGUGGAUGUAGCAGCUCUGAGGAGGAUGGCUAUCAGUGAGGGAGGACUGCUGACUGAUGAGAUACGAUGUCAAGUCUGGCCUCGGCUUCUCAACGUCCCCCUUCAAGUCCUGGAUCAGGAGCCAGAGAAGGUGGAGCGAGAGAAUAACAAGGACUACAACCAAGUCCUGCUGGAUGUGCAGCGCUCACUGAGGAGGUUCCCACCUGGUAUGCCAGACGAGCAGAGGGAGGGUCUUCAGGAAGAGCUGAUUGACAUCAUCCUCAGAGUCCUGAAACGUAACCCCCAGCUGCACUACUACCAAGGAUACCACGACAUUGUUGUCACCUUUCUGUUGGUCCUGGGAGAGCGUCUUGCAACUGCUCUUGUGGAAAAGCUCUCCACACAUCACCUCAGGGACUUCAUGGAUCCCACCAUGGACAACACAAAACAUAUUCUUAACUAUUUGAUGCCCAUCAUUGAGAGGGUCAACCCAGAGGUGCAUGACUUCAUGCAACAGGCUGAGGUGGGCACCGUCUUUGCUCUUAGUUGGCUGAUCACCUGGUUUGGCCACGUCCUGUCAGACUUCCGCCAUGUUGUCCGGUUGUAUGACUUCUUCUUGGCCUGCCAUCCACUGAUGCCCAUCUACUUUGCUGCUGUGAUCGUACUGUACAGAGAGGAGGAGGUGUUGGACUGUGAAUGUGACAUGGCCAUGGUUCAUCACCUGCUGUCUCAGAUUCCCCAGGAUCUGCCGUAUGAGACGCUCAUCAGCCGAGCAGGAGACCUCUUUGUCCAGUUUCCUCCGUCUGAACUGGCUAAAGAAGCUGUCUCACAUGAGAGCAUGGCAGCCUCUACCUUUAAGGACUUUGACCUUGCAUCCACUCAGCAGCGACCGGACUCUGUUCUCCGUCGCCGACGCAGACAGAAACAGGCUGCGCUGGAGAGCCCAGCAGCCGGCUCUGUAGUGGCAGUGGCUCGGCCCUCAGCGGCACGCCGGUUUGUUCGACUGGCUGUCAUGGGUCUGACGGUGGCGUUGGGGGCAGCAGCUCUGGCUGUGGUCAACACUGCUCUGGAGUGGGCCCCCAAACUGGACCUGUUCCCUUGAACUGCUCCUCUUUUACCCCUAUACUCCCACUUAUCUGUCCCUGACUGAACCUAGCUGGUGGGUCUGUUUAAGAAAUCAAACCACAAACCCUGCGGUCGAUAACACUGAAUGGAGUGUCUUCUCUAAACUAAACCAGUUAACGCUCCUGUCUUAUUUUCUCGGAUGUUACCAAACAUCCUACUCUGUGUAGGGCUUCUGAGGCCCCGGCUGAGAGUCCUGAUCCUCCUGAAGAGCACGCAGCAGUACAACCGCUACAGCUGCAAUGAAGAAUCCAUCCUGGUCUAAUGAAGAGACUGUAUUUCUAUUGAUGGUGUCAUUAUUAAAGUUUAUUUAUAUUUGGUAUUAGGAUAAUCUGAUAUUGAGUUAUGCUCACAGAGAUUUAUGCUGAAAGCUUGGUGGACUCACUACACUUGAAACUGCUGCCAAUUAAGAGAGCUGAGGUGAAUGUGUGUGUGUGUGUGUGUGUGUGUGUGUGUGUGUGUGUGUGGUCGCAACCAAUUUGUUAUCUAUUUGAUACCUGGACUGAGACCAAAUAGAGGAUUGGUAGAAUCCUCUCUUUGUAUAAUUUACUGUUUCUUAAUUUCUAGGUCUGUCACAGUCUGUACAGAGACAUGGUCAUGUCACACAGCCACUUUUUAAGGUCAUGAUGACGUUUUUACGUCAUUUUGGCCCUUUCAAGUUGUUUUUGAUCACAGAAGAAAAUGGAUUUUCCUCUUUUGGACAGGGUAUCUUUAAAACAUGUCAACAGUUGCCACCCUCAACUUCACAUUUUAAGUUUUGGAUCAUUGUUGGGGUCAAAAUAUUUCUGGUGUUAUCAAAGUAAACGUACCCUGUGUAAGCACGGCUUUCACAGUCCAGGAAGUAAAAAAUCAAGCAUAUUUAAAAGUUUACAAGAGCUUUCCAGUUACUUAAUUGUUUGGUUGCACAACCUUAAAGGGUGUCUGUGUCUCAUGGCCCCAAAUGAAUAGGACAUGUUUUCUGCUUCACUUUUCCUGGAGUAGAUGAUUAAGUCUCUCCUCAUAGCUCAGCAACACACUGACUCGCUCACUCACUCAAUGCCUGGUAACAGAAAAUAUGAGAGCUGCCAUAAAUAGCAAGUUAAAAAGUGGGUACCGUAGUCUUUGGGGUGGCACAGUGAGGACCCAGAGGACCCAGUCUGCUUCAGCACUUUGCUCACUCCUACUGUUAGAAAGCACCUGAGCCUUUUCAAGUAAUACAUGCCAUUUAGUGAACUGGAUCACUCAGAGUAGAACCAGCAGCAUUUCAGAGUGAGUCCAGGUCAUUCCAGUGUUCCAGUCAUUUUCAGUCAAUCACACAUUUUAAUUAGGGGCUAUCGUAUGAGUCAGUGUUACGGCACUCACCCAAAUAGUCUUCACAGAAAAGACUUAGCAAAUAGUUUAUCAGAGCACUUCACUGUUCAUCUGGAUGGUCUGAAAUCUGCUUUCAUCUAAACUGAGUUGUGGUCACCUUCAUUGGACAAAAACCAGUCAACUAAAACGUUCUGCUGAAGUAAUUCGAGUGACGUGUUGAGAGAAUUAGUUUUUGCUGCUGUACAUUAGGAGCUGAACACCUGGGCAUCCCAUUCCUUUAUUCCUGCUCCAUCGAUUCGUUGCCUUUGUAGUGAACCACUGACUCAGCUGGUGAGACAUCGACAGACUGAUGAAGGUGACCUGGGACGUCCAGGGAUGCUCUGAGGUGCCUGUGUAGCUGUUCAGCAGUAUUGUAAUGCAACAUGUAUCUGCACUCAGCGGUUUUCAUUUAUUUUCAUUGCACUAACUGAUUUUUUUCUGCCUUUUAUGUUCAUGUUUAUUUUGUUAUAAUAAAACUGUCAUACUAAUGUAAAGUUGUAUAAGAGAAUGCUAAUAAACUUGAGUGAAACUGAA